UCCAUCCUCUAUUCGUUUUGUAAGCAAUCAGGAGGUGUGUUCGGAGAAUUCCGCAAAAAAAAAGUUAUUCUUAGAAAAAAAAAGAAAAAGAAAGAUUAUUUAAGGGAACGUUGUCUGGCUGGACGUGAAAACUUUUUUUCCUCUAUACAAAAAGAACGUGUGUUUCGGUUAACGCGGAAGAAUACGCUAGCUUCAGUCAGUCGCCUCCAUGGCCUCCAAGCAGGGAACGUGGACUUCCCAUCUAUGGCGAACAGAUGCCUGUCACGAUCGAUCCAGUAUCCACAUCAAUGGUUUGCUUCGGCAUUAAAUGGCUACACUUGCUAUAAGGAGAUCGAAUGAAGACUAUGUGAUGCCGACAAGUUCAUCUCAGGAUAACCAGCCAUCCCCUUUGGCUCUGUUGGCCGCUACUUGCAGCAAGAUCGGGGCUCCACAAGAAGACGGAAUUAACCAAGUGAGUGCAACUCAGGUCCGAAUUAUUGGUCAGAAUCAGGUUACCAAUCAAAGCGAGAUCGUGGCCGGCCAGAACUGGGUUCAAGUACCUGGUGUCGUGGACUCUACCAAGCCAAACGCACCAGCUACGGCAUUAACUACUGCUCCGAUCAUAGCCCAGCAGACUCCGCAACUGAUUGCGUCCACCGGACCAGGUGGAAACAUAACAUACAAUGUCAUACCACCGUUCCAAACAUUUACACUGGAUGGACAAGAGGCCAUCUUUGUACCUGCAAAUGCUUCCACGGCGAGUGGAGGUCAAGCGAUUCUUGCGGGGAAUCAAGCUGUCCUAACGCCGACCGGACAAAUUGUCCGAACCACCCAAGGCCUCUCGGGAGCCAACAUUAUCCCCAACAAUGUCGGUUUCAUGGGUAACGUGCUCAAUUUGGGCGGUAAUAUGGUCAAUCUGGCAGGAAUGCAGAACAUGGCCAUACGGCAACCUCUUAUGCAGACAAUACAAUUGCCUUUGUCUCAACUCCAACAAAUGCCCAUUAUACAAAUACCCGUAUCAACUGGGAACGGACAAACGACUUAUCAAGCAAUUCAACUGCCUAUUCAAGCUUUCUCUACACCAGCACUCCAAACUGCUAAUCUCAUGGGUCAGGGCACUCUUUCCACGCUUCAUUCUUCAGCAACGGGCAAUAACUCGAAUCAAAUCAGCUCCGGACAAAAUCUUACACAGCAAGUGCUCGAGAUAGCAGCACCAACUGAAAUUAACGUUAAGACUGAGAUCAAAAGUAACUCACCGCAACCUCUCGUUACUACGGCAACAGAUGUUACCUGCCCCUCUGUCAACAACAUUCAACAACAACAACUAAGUGGUGGAACCGCGACCCAAAAUGUAUCCACGUCCAUCUCGAGUACAGCUGCCUCGCCGACUGCUUCAAAUGCUGGCUUCAUCCCUCAGUCAGCGCUACAGACUAUUCCCACUAUCAUUUCGUUAUCACAUAAUCCUUGCAACCAGUCAGUGGUAACAUCAGGCAGCCAAAAUGUCCAUUCACUGGCUAUACCCCAAAAUUCAGCCAGUUUAUCUGGAACGUCAACUAUUACCUCCGCAGCCAGUCAAGGCAGCAUGGUGUCUAAUAUUAUUACUCCUCAAAUGUUACAAAGCGCAGCCAAUAUCCAGAUUGCUGCAGCAGCAGCAGGCCAGAACCAAGUUAUACAAGGCAGUCCUUGGAUUCCUACACUUAACAUUGCAAACAUCCGACCUACCAACAUACAGACUAUACAAGUUCAAAACAUCCAGGGUCUGCAAGGUCUCCAAGGAUUCUCCGCCCUACAGAACGUGCAGAACUUGGCCAACUUUCAAGCUAUCACUCCGCAAGGACAGAUUAUAGCGGCCUCAUCGCCUCUCCAAGGCAUGGGCGGGCCAAUAACGAUAGCCACCACCACAUCGGCGACUACUUCCAGCAUGGCGGCCAGUUUAGGGGGUGGAGGCACAACUUCCUCCCAGUCGCAGGGACAGCAACUCAGCCCACAACAGAUACAGACAGUAGCAGCGGCGGCCGGGAUCAGCACAAACCAGAUCAGCACAACUCCCACAGCCCAGGCUAUCAGCGCUACACAGAUUUUAGCACCUCAUGGUCAUCUGCAGCCGGACCCUAGUGACCCUUCAAAGUGGCAAGUGGUUCAAACCACAUCUCAAACACCCACUCCGAUCGGCCCCCUUAGCCCUGCUGACAGUCCACAGCAACAGCAGCAGCAACAAAGCACAGAUGUGGUACCUGGUAAGAGACUACGAAGGGUUGCUUGCACUUGUCCCAACUGCCGAGAUUCGGAAGGGAGAAAUAGUGAGAAAAAGAAGCAACAUACAUGUCACAUCCCUGGAUGUAAUAAAGUCUAUGGUAAAACUUCACAUUUAAGAGCACAUCUAAGAUGGCAUACUGGAGAGAGGCCUUUCAUAUGUAACUGGCUGUUUUGUGGCAAACGCUUCACACGCUCUGAUGAAUUACAGAGGCAUCGCAGAACUCACACAGGAGAAAAACGUUUUGUCUGUCAAGAAUGUAAUAAACGCUUCAUGCGAAGCGACCAUUUAAGCAAACAUUUGAAGACUCAUCAAAACAAACGAGUUCCCCAGGUUGCCCAAACAAUAAUGGGAAACCCAGAUGAUGAAGGUGUGGCAGAUAACAGUGGUGUAGUCACUAUGGAUGAGGACUCUCCAUCUAACUUUAGUGUAUCAUCUCCAUCAGUUGUAGAUGUGUCUCAGUCUUUACCUGGACAAGGUUGAUAAAUUUUAUUCUCUCUUCCUCCUCCUCCCCAAUGUAUCAUUCAAGAGUGAAAUUUAACUGCAGCUUAUUACACUCGUUUUUUUUUUACCUUCCCCAAAAUAAAUGGUGUGAGUAUAGCUGUAAUGUUCUCUUUUAGUUAAAAAUUCAUUCCAGCACUCAAAGAAGAAAAAAACAAAAAAGAAAAUUGAAAGUAAAGAAAAUCCAUAAAAAAAACACUAUAUUUUAAUUGGAAUUAUUUUUAUCCCAUGGACAAAGCUAUUGAAAUGGGGAAAGAAAACUGAAUAAACAAAAAAAAUAAAUAUAUAUAUAUAUAUGAAUAUAGAUUUGUAUAUUAAUAUAUAAAUAUAUGUAUGUGUUAUGGAGAGUGGCAAAGUGUGUUGUCUUAAUGUGUGUUUAGUCCCUUGAUUCCUAUUGUUCUGCCUCCAUGCCAUUUUGCUAUAAUGUCAGCACUUGAACCACUAUAAAUGCUCCUUAGGCAACCCUCCCAACAUUAAAUCUGUUAUAUUGGUGUGCUGUGUCUGCUGACAGCUAUUAUUCAUUCACUUCAAUAUAUGUUAUGAAUUUUUUUGUCAGUGUUUCAAAAUAUCCACCCCUCCCUCUUUGUUUUUUUUUUAUUCCUUCUUUCUUUUCAAGACAACUAAACUUCAUUCUCUUAUCUUGUGACAUACAACUUUGGAAGCUGUAUUUAAAUGUGAGCAAAAUUCUUUUUAAGUGUUUGUAGUUUAUUGUGCCAGUCUUAAAGCAAUUCUACAUAAAAUUGGUACAAAUCAUAUAAGAAUUGUAAUCUUUUCUGUUAUGCAUUCAUGGAUUCUGUUGUUUCAAUGAACAAAAAAAAAAGGAAAACCUCCAAAAAACUAGAUUUAUUUUCUGAUGUAAACUUAACUCCUCAGCUCAUGUUGUUGUACAGAAUCAAAUAUUUCAGCUCACUGCCAGCUAUUGACUGUGUUUUGAUGCUAUCCCCAAAAGUUGCAGGAUCAUACAUGGUAGAAUGUAGCAUUACUAAAUUAAUUUUGAAAUUACUUAUGGUUUUGAAAGCUGUGUUUUCCCAUUUAGUACCGAGAUUGGUAACAGUUGAUCUUCCUGCCAAGAAGUUUACUUUCAAAAUUUGGAAUGUUCUAGAAAGAGUGCUGUGUGUAUCUCACCAAUACAAACAUGUAUUUUUGUAUAAGUCUCAUCAUAGCUUAUCAGAAUAUGGUCGGCAUUUAAUUUUACAAUUAAUUUGAUUUAAACGAGGAAACAACAGGGGUGGGGGUAGUGUGGGUUGGGUGAGUUGAACAUGAAGUUUUUGAUAACAAAGUUUAUGAGCUUAUGACCAAACAGGCAUAUGUCAGAAAUCUAGUGGAUUACUGUGCUAGCUAUUAAAUUAUCUGAAAAUACUAGAAUAAACAAAAGCAUCAGAAAUCAAAUUUAGAAUAUGCCUGAAUGAUAUUGAGCCAGGGCUUGAUCUUCCUGCCAAGAUGUUUUACUUUCAAAGUUGAGAUUGUCUCUAAAAAGCAUGGCUGAUAUAUAUAUAUAUAUAUAUAUAUAUAAAUAAAUAAAUACUGUGUAAAUCGCAUUGAGGCAAAUAUGUAUUUUUGUAUAAGCUUCACCCAUAGCUGAUAGCAGCGAUUCAGUCAGCAUUAAAUUCAUUUAGUGAAGGAAUUAUUAAUGAGGGAUUAAGUGGGGAAAUAGGAUGUCCCUUUAGUCUGGAGUUGUUUGAUCCCAACCUUACAUUUGUAAUCAGCUGAGAGGUUUGAUGAAAGUUGUUGAAGCCUCUGUGGUCAUUACGUUUAUCUUCUCUCCCUCCCCUUCCUCCUCCUCCUCCUCCUCCUCCUAACUGGUUUAUUGUAUAAAGUGUACAUACCUGCAUUGGACACCAACACAACCAUCAAAAUAAAAAUUGUUUCUGCAAAA